GAUAAGCUGCUCCAACAAAUCCAGAGGCACAUCCCCAAAAUAGGAUCCGACUUCAACGCAAAACUGCUGUCUUUGUAUUUGGGAUGCUCAAAUUUUUUUACCUGCUGUCCUGAUUAGUUAAUCCUCCUUUGCAUCAUCGUAUAAUUACCCUUCACCGGAAUCCGUUUUCAUCUAACACGAAGCAAAGAGAAACAGAUAGAGCACAGAAACUAAAGUUCCGUUUCAGGGAGAGAAGGAGGCCUAGUUCCUCACCGGGAACGACGGUUUUCCUUUCUUUUCUUUUUUUUUUUCUCGCCGGAGUCCGAAUUCUUGCCCCGCACCAGGUUUUGUUCAAAGGUGUGGUAUCAAGUAUGGCAAUGUGAUACGGCCUCUUUUACAAUUUCCACGGCGCCUUCUGUUUUUGCAAAGUUGGCACAGCAAUUAUUCGAAGAGAGGAGGAGUUGUGGUUUUGUAGAAGAAGUCUGAAAUAGAAGCUAAGUGAUGGGUCUAUGUGUCUCAAAGCCAAGUGAAACUAUCAGAGCUCAAAAGAAAAAAGUCGACAGAGUCGGCAAAGGGCGGCGCCGGGGGAGGAAGAGCAAGAAGGUAGCCACCGCCGUUAUAAACUCAGAGAUUCCUGCUCCGACGAGACAGUCUGUUAGUGAGUUUGUGCGUCUUGACUUUGAGAAAGGUGCUGCAACCACUUGCAGAAGAUCUGAGGUUUCCAAUGGCACAUUUCAUCUAACUCAACUUCAAUGGAACCACAGUCAGAUUGAUGGGAAUGGUGGGAAAUGCCAAGGACCUGAAACCUGGUUUGACUCCCAAAGUAUAAUGGAAUCUGAUUCAGAUGAUGACUUUGCUAGUGUACAUGGAGAUGAGUUUCCUCCUAUGGUAGUAGGUAAUGGAAUUGGAAACAUCCCAAAUGGUCAAUUAGUCCAGUAUGAAAGUGCAGCAUGCAUUGUAGAUAAUGGAUGCAAGUAUGAAGGGUUUUAUGAAAGUUAUCUGAAAAUCGAUGGGGCAGGUGCACGUCAUUCCCUAGAGAAAACCCAAGUCAGUUACAAUGACAAAAAUCAGCCCAAGCAAUCAGUUAUCAUGCUUUCCUACAAGAGAAAAUCCAUCGACAACCCCGAAAGGAUUUCAUGUGCUUCUGAUCAGAAGUACUUAUUCCGUCCUAAAUCAGGACAACGGAUUCCUUGUUCACCGGUAGAGAAGCCAACUCCAGGAUCCUGGUCUGAAAUCUCGCCUUCAAUCUUUAAGCUCCGUGGGGAGAACUAUUUCAAAGACAAACAGAAGUACCCUGCUCCAAACUGCAGCUCAUAUGUACCAAUUGGUAUUGAUAUGUUUAUCUGCCCAAGGAAGAGAGAUCACAUUGCUCAGUAUCUUGAGCUUCCUUCUAUAAAACCACACGAUAAAGUUCCUUCCCUCCUCAUUGUUAAUAUACAGUUGCCUACAUAUCCAACUACAAUGUUCCUUGGUGAAAGUGAUGGUGAAGGCAUGAGUCUUGUAUUAUACUUUAAAGUUAGUGAAAAUUUUGACACAGACAUAUCUCCUCAGUUUCAAGAAUUUAUCAAGAGAUUUGUUGAGGAUGAUACCGAAAUGGUUAAGGGUUUCACAAAGGAGUCAUUGGUUCCUUUCAGGGAAAGGCUAAAAAUUUUGGCUGGAUUGGUGAAUCCAGACGAGCUCCAACUGAGUUCUGCUGAGAAGAAGCUGAUAAGUGCUUAUAAUGAUAAACCAGUGCUUUCGCGCCCUCAACACAAUUUCUUCAGGGGGCCUAAUUACUUUGAAAUUGAUCUAGACAUACACAGGUUCAGCUACAUCUCCAGGAAAGGGCUUGAAUCAUUCAGAGACAGAUUGAAGAAUGGGGUACUUCAUGUGGGAUUAACAAUCCAGGCACAAAAACAAGAAGAACUACCGGAGCAAGUCUUGUGUUGUAUGCGCUUGAAUAAGAUUGAUUUUGUAAACCAUGGUCAAAUACCUACUCUUGUUACCAUGAAUGACUGAGUUAGACAAGCACCAGUGGCGUCCUAGAGGGUUUGCAAUAGUUUAUUAGUCCGGCGGAGAAAUUGAUCAGAAGAUGUAUUUUUUGUUCUUUUUUUCUUUUUCUUUUUUGGUAAACAUUAGAUCGUUAAUACCUAUUCAAUGGUGCAAAGGAGGGAAUAAAGAAAAAUGAGAAGCAAAUGGAUUAUUAUUUUACAAAA